UAUAUAAUAUUAUGUACUUAUUAGAGCUUUGCUUCAUUACCGUGCAACCCCAUCGAGUGGAAGUAAUAUUAUUAUCACAUGUUUCCACAUGGGUUUUGGCGGGAAUGCUAAGCUUUGUUGUGACUAUAUAAAGUUAAUGAUAAUGGUUGAAUUAUUAGUUAUUGUUUCUACCUUAAUUGAAAUUACAAGAGGUGCUUCUACUACUAAUAAAGAUAUGUCUACAGCAAAUCUAAUUCGAGUCGAUCAAUCAGGGAAAGGUGAUUUCACAAAAAUUCAAGAAGCCAUCGAUUCAGUUCCCUCUAAUAACUCCCACCUGUACUUCAUUUGGGUUAAGCCUGGAACUUACAGAGAAAAAAUUGUUGUGCCUUCUGAUAAACCCUUCGUAACAUUAAGUGGAACAAAAUCAUCUAACACAAUUAUAACAUGGAACGAUAAUGGGGACAUAUUUGAUUCUCCAACACUCUCUGUUCUGGCUUCUAAUUUUGUUGGACGAUUUCUCACAAUUCAGAAUACAUUUGGAGCAGGUAGAAAAGCAGUUUCAGUAAGAGUAUCAGGGGACAAAGCUGCAUUUUACAAUUGUAGAAUUCUCUCAUAUCAAGACACUCUCUUGGAUGAUUCUGGAAGACAUUACUUCAAUAAUUGUUAUAUAGAAGGAGCUGUUGAUUUCAUUUUUGGAAGUGCUGCUUCUCUAUUUGAAAAAUGUCAUGUGCACUCAUUAUCUGAAAGAGAUGGAGCCAUAACUGCUCAUCGAAGAGAUUCAUCAGCAGAGAAAACAGGGUUCAUAUUUUUGGGGGGCAAAAUCAGUGGUGAUGGAGGUUGUUUUCUGGGUAGGCCUUGGGGCUCUUUCUCUCGAGUUGUGUUUGCUUACACUUACAUGUCUAAUCUUAUAAUUCCACAAGGAUGGAAUGACUGGGGAGACCAGUCCACCCACAGUACGGUGUACUAUGGUGAGUACAAAUGUUAUGGUCCCGGUGCGAAUAGGUCGAAGAGAGUAGGGUGGUCACGUAGCCUAACAAGUGAUGAAGCUGCCUCAUAUUUGACCAAAGACAUGAUUGGAGGGAGAGAUUGGCUCAGGCCUUCACCAACUCGAUUCAAGACACCCUCUGCUAUUAUAUCUGCCAAGGAUUUAAACAAUGAAUAAUUAAAAAAAGAAAAACACUAUUAUACAACUUACAAGAUUAUUGUUCCCUCAAAUUCUAAUUUAGCACAC